CUCUAUCGUACAUUCGGUUUCGCACCUCAGUCACUACGGCGUCGCCCGCGAAAAGAUCCUGCAGAGUCCGAGCAAAAUGGCGAGGGGUCUGAAGAAGCACGUGAAGAGGCUUAAUGCCCCUAAACAUUGUACGCUUGACAAGCUUGGUGGAGCAUUUGCACCCAAACCUUCUUCUGGUCCACACAAAUCUAGGGAGUGUUUGCCCAUGCUUCUUAUCAUCAGGAACAGGUUGAAGUAUGCUCUGAGCUACCGUGAAGUUAAUUCAAUCUUGAUGCAGCGACAUAUCAUGAUUGAUGGGAAGGUCAGGACUGACAAAACAUAUCCUGCUGGGUUCAUGAAUGUUGUAUCAAUCCCAAAGACUGGGGAGAAUUUCCGCCUUCUCUAUGACACCAAGGGCCGCUUCCGUCUCCACAAAAUUAGGGAUGAGGAGGCUAAGUUCAAGCUCUGCAAGGUUCGAUCUGUGCAGUUUGGACAGAAAGGCGUUCCUUCCCUGAACACAUACGACGGCCGCACCAUCCGCUACCCUGACCCUCUCAUCAAAGCCAAUGACACCAUCAAGAUUGAGCUGGAGACCAACAAGAUCGUGGAUUUCAUCAAGUUCGACGUUGGGAACUUCGUGAUGGUGACGGGUGGCAGGAACACCGGGCGCGUCGGGGUGAUCAAGAGCAGGGAGAAGCACCAGGGCAGCUUCGAGACCAUUCACGUCGAGGAUGCACUCGGCCAUCAGUUCGCCACCCGCCUGGCCAACGUAUUCACCGUUGGCAAGGACAAGAAGUCGUUGGUCUCUCUCCCCAAGGGCAAGGGCGUCAAGCUCACGAUCAUUGAAGAGGCAAGGAAGCGCAAUGCUGCAGCUGCUGCUGUGGCUUGACACCUCUCCCCUCCUAGAAUAAAAUGUUUUUACUAUGAGCGAGUUCCUGUUGGAGACAAGCCAUGUUAGUUCCCCAUUUUAUAUUUUCAUUGAACUGUUCUCCCUGAGUUGGUUGCUUUGAGCACUGAAAGUGCUGGAUUAAGAACAUAUUUUUGCCGAUCUUAAAUGU